UCUAUCAAGAUGACCUGUUGUUGUUGUUGUUGUUUUGGUCACGGCCACUACGACAACUAAACAACCUCGAAUUUGAGUGAGAAUAAAUGAUGAAUAACAACAAGCAAUUUCUUUUUAUUCCAGGUAUAGUGCCAUUGUUGUUUGGUCACAAUUGCCUAACAAGCCAAAAAUUCCUUUUUUAUUUAGUCAAUUUAUUCAUUACCAUGAUCAUCGAUGAAAUUUAAGUAUUAUCAUAAUUACGAUGAAAAGUGAUGCAGAAUUUCCAUCUACAGCUAUGAAUAGUACGAAUAAUAAUAAAAACAUAUCAGCCAUUGUUGGGGAUCGAUUUUCACGUGAAUCACGAUCAUUAUCUCAUCAUCAUCAUCAUCAUCAUCGUCAUCGUUCGAUAAUCAAUGAUCAAUCGAUGGCCAUAACUGGUGAUGGCGAUAAUAGUGGAACACGUGCACCAUUAUUGGAAACAAUAUCCAUUCUUGCAUCAUCAUCUUUUAUAUAUUCAGAUCGAUCAUCUUCAUCUUCAUCAUUACCAUCGCCAUCACAAUCGCCAACACCACCAUCAGAAUUAUCCGAUCAUAAUGAUGUUGAUGAUAUAGCCAAAUUGAGCAUUUCAGCUGCUAAUCAGGAUUCUGAUUCGAAUGACCAACUAUUACAACAACGUUCAUCACGAGUUCGUUUUAGUAAUGAAGUUCAAGUUAACAAAGAGAAACAAGAUAAUAAUGAUCGAAAUUAUAAUGCAAUCAAUUCAAUUAAUGAUCCAUUAAUUAGCAUAUUUCAAUCUAAUCAUGAUAAACCAACAGCGCAAACAUGUUCAUCAUCAUCGACAUCAACAUUGAAUUCAAAUCCAUCAAUUGAUCAAACGAUCUCAGUUACAGAUAUCAUUCCAACGACCUCAUCAUCAUCAUCGUAUGCAAAUGUAUCGUCUGCACAAUUUAUUCAGACACGUACGAAUAACCAACAGCAUCAAAUUCAGCAAUGGAACCCUUCCAUCACUAGCGCUAUGACAAGAAAAACAACACCAUUACAAAGUACCGGUUUCAAAUCUAUUCUUAAGGAUCCUUUGUGCGCUAAACUUCGUUAUUCACUAAGUCAAUCAUCAAACAUUCAGGCAAACAAUGUUAUUGGAAUCGAUGCCAUUAAUUGCAAUGGAACAACAAUUGAUCGACCAAUUAUAACAGCUAGCCAAAAGAAAUCUAUAAAUAAUUCAUCAUCAGUCAACGAAAAUAACCAAUCAUUAUUGGAAAGUCAAAUAGAUCAAUUAUUUUAUGGACCAAUUGAUUCCACUAAUACUAUGUCUAAUCCGAUGGAUCAAUCAACUAGAAAUGAUAAUGUUGCUGAGAAAUUUUCGAAUAAAACAAAUAAAUCUAUUAAAAAUCAUAUUCGAAAUGAUAAUAAUGACAUCAAUCGAAUGCCUUGUCUUACCUUCAUACAAAUGAUUGAAGACAAAUAUCGUCAACAAUCACAGCUGACAAAAUCAAAUUCAAAUACAUUUAAUCAUUCAAAUACAAUUCAUAAUAAUGGUUCACAACAAGAAUCUAAAACAAACAAAUCUCGAGCGAAAACUUCUUGUAACAAUAGCAAUCAAUCAAGUAACAGUCGUUCGAAUCGACAAUCUUCAAAUAUUAAUCGUCGGAUACAUGCAUCUAUUAUGUCAUCAUCUAAUGAUUAUCGUAUUGAGCCAACAAUAUUGAUGCCAAUAACCAGUAUCGUACAACGAAAUCAUUGUUCAUUAGAUCAAUGGAUGGCUACAUUAGCACAAGAAUCCAAAAAUAAUAAACCUCAAAUAAUUUCCGAUGAUUCGAAAAGAUUUAGCAAGAAUGAAUCAAAAUCCUUGUCAAACGAAUCGAUUGAAUCGAUAAAAGCCGCUAAUGCUAAUGGCAAAUUUCGACAAGAAGAAUUAUACACAUUACUUUCGGAUCCGAUUAAAGGACCAUCAAUCAAUCGACUGAUGGAUCAAUUGUCAAAUUGGUCAGAAAGUUUUGAAAAUGAACAGACAACAAUUGAUUCAAUCAUUGCAACAACUUCAACACCGACUUCUACGACUAUUGCAAAUUCAAAUGGCAAUUCUGGUAUUUCAAACAAUAAUUUUACAGCAAAAAUAUUGAAUUCAAAUAAUUCACAUACAAUUGGUAUUGAUCAACCAAUAUCGUUUGAGCCAUCAUUGAAUCGUUCAACAUCACCAUCAUCAUCAUGUUCUACAAGUACAACGGCCCGUUCAAGAUCAACAUUGGCUACAGUGGAUAAUCAUAUCUAUGAAGAGAUAUUAUAUGAAGGUCUGCAUCAUCAUCAACAACAACAACAAUAUCAGCAAAAUCAUCUAUAGAUGAUAAUUAAAUUUCAAGAAUUUUUAUCAAAUUAAAUUUUAAUAAAUUUUUUUCUUUAUUUUUAAAUUAAGCAAUAAUUAAAAUGUGACUAGAAUGUCAAUGAUGAUUUCACUUGA